AUGGCUGCAGUCACCAAGGAAACAUUACCGCCUAUAGGGCAUGCUACAGCCGGCUCUGCUGGCGCCAUGUUUGCUCUCACACUUGUUUAUCCCCUUGACAUCAUCAAAACAAGAAUCCAAGUCCAAGUGAAAGAAGGAAAACAGCCCGAAGAGGAACACUAUAAGUCAGCCUGGGAUGGUAUUCAACAGAUCGUAAAUAAGGAAGGUAUUGCCGGACUCUAUGCUGGACUCGGUUCUUCCUUGAUCGGAACCGCAUCCACCAAUUUCACUUACUUUUACUGCUAUUCCUUCUUAAGAGAGAAUUACAAUAAGCGAUACAACCCUCGCGGAGGCACAUUAUCUACAGCCAUGGAACUUAUCCUGGGCGCGGCUGCCGGUGCCCUCACCACACUGAUCACAACACCCGUAUCCGUCAUCACGACUCGUCAGCAAACGUUACCACCCUCUGAGCGCCAAGGUGUUGUUGAUACAUGCAAGACGAUCAUCGAAGAAGAAGGUAUUCAGGGCCUCUGGAAGGGCAUUCAGCCCUCUCUCGUCCUAUGUGUCAACCCCGCUAUUACCUAUGGUAGUUUUGAAAAGAUUAAGCAGAUCGUCCUCAACGUCUUGAAAUUACCACUCACACCCGGAGUCAACUUUUUGGUCGGAGCACUUGCAAAGACGUUGGCCACGGUGAUUACUUACCCCUAUAUUAUGGCCAAGGUACGACUUCAGUGGAAACCCUCAAAAGAGAAACAAGACAAGAUUGUCCCCUAUAAGGGAUCUUUAGAUGUUCUUGCUCGUGUUCUCAAAACAGAUGGAUUUUUUGGUUGGUACAAGGGAAUGAGCACUCAAAUCACAAAGGCUGUUUUAUCUCAAGCAUUGUUAUUUAUGAUGAAAGACAUAUUCACAAACUACACAGUGUUGGCAUUUGCCCUUAUGCAAGCUGCUAAAAAAUCAAAGACAGCAUAG